CUCCGCGGGAGCCAGUAAGAGCGGCUGCCAAGAUUUUGCACACUACCCACACUAAGCGAGAUCGAGCAGGCUGGAAAUUCAACCGGAGCGAAGAGUCCAACCUCGACGUCGCCAGUUCCCUCACGACCUUCCACCCUUCUUUCCCUUGCCAGUAUCCGAACCCGUUUGCGUGAUACCUAGCCAAAAUGUCUACCAAGAGAGGUCGUGGUGUUGCCGGCAACAAGCUGAAGAUGACUCUCGGUCUGCCUGUCGGCGCCGUGAUGAACUGCUGCGACAACUCCGGUGCCCGUAACCUGUACAUCAUCUCCGUCAAGGGUGUCGGUGCUCGCCUGAACCGUCUGCCCGCUGCCGGUGUUGGUGACAUGGUCAUGGCCACUGUCAAGAAGGGAAAGCCCGAGCUGCGAAAGAAGGUCAUGCCCGCCGUUGUCGUCCGUCAGAGCAAGCCCUGGAGACGAGCCGACGGUAUCUACCUCUACUUCGAGGACAACGCUGGUGUGAUCGUCAACGCCAAGGGUGAGAUGAAGGGUUCGGCCAUCACUGGCCCCGUCGGAAAGGAGGCCGCUGAGCUCUGGCCGCGUAUUGCCUCCAACUCCGGUGUUGUCAUGUAAAAAGGGAAAUCUGAAUAGGAAAGAAGAAAUGACGCGAUACCAGGUCGGAAUGGGGGAGUUGUCCACAUGAAUCUUCUUUUAGCCGAAUUCAUUUUCCUAUUACCAGUUAUUCCUCCUUUUCCCGCUCUCCCUCUUCUCCUAUCCUGGCAGAAAAAAAGCAGUGUCAAAAAAUUUCAAUACAUCCACCAAAAGAAAAGGAUCCAUACAUGUGCCUACGCUAGUUACGGAGCCAAUGCCAACUCGCAGACACCGAAGAUCGAGGUUAUUACCCGACUUUGGACCAGUCGAACAAGGGGGGAUUUGAGUGGAAGGGGACUCGAGUUAGCCCUUUUCUUCGUUGUCAAGGGAAGAAAGGACAGUCAUCAAUGAAAGAAAACCCUCCGUAAAAAGAUGCGUUUCAGUCUUAAUAUCUGUCUAACAUGCGUAGUUUCGUGAUAAGAGUUAACUACUCGAUACCAGCUGUAAAUGGA